CUGAUUGCGGCCGGCCCUGUUGUGGGCUCUGUGCAGCCGCCCUGGAGAAUUCCGAGGCACAUCAGGUCGGGGACAUAACCAACGUUAGUGGAUGGCAAAUGCGGGUGCCCGGUGGAACCCGCCUUCCGCGCCCAGCUGCGGCUCGCUGUCACCAACCUAAGUGCCUAGAGGUCAGACCAGAUCACAGCCAUUUAAGACCCUGCAUCGAAAAUGCAAACUUCUGCGCCGGUGGUCAUUGUGACUCAGCCCGGAUCUGGUCGCAUUGCCCAAACCUCCAACUGGCAGACUGGCAUGUGCGAUUGCUUCAGCGACUGCGGAGUCUGUUUCUGUGGCACAUUUUGUUUCAUGUGCCUUGCAUGUCAAGUUGCAUCUGAUAUGAAUGAAUGCUGUCUCUGUGGAACAAGUGUCGCCAUGAGGACCCUCUACAGGACCCGAUACGGCAUCCCUGGAUCCAUUUGUGAUGACUUUAUGGUGACCCUUUGCUGUCCUCAAUGUUCUCUUUGCCAAAUCAAGAGAGACAUCAACAGAAGGAGAGCCAUGAAUACUUUCUAAAAGAAAAAUACUGGUGAAGCGCUCUUAUUGAAGCAACUGAAAUCGGCAGAUACCUCUUCAGCUUGAGUACUUCUCUACCUUUUGCUACUGAAAUAUGAUAGAUAAAUUUAAUCACAACCAUGGUGUAAAAAAAAUGAAAUUUUUACUUAUUUUAAAUGAAUACUGUCCUUUAGUUUUGCUAAAUGGCCCAAGUUUCUCCUUGAUUAUUAUAUUUUUCUGGCUUAUAAAUUUUGUAUUACAUUUAAAAUGUAAACCAAAUAAAAGAUUGUACUAACACGA